AUGCCACGGACCGGCAACGGACACCUCGAAGGCGACGCACGCGUAACCGAGGAGACAGUCGCCAGGAGCGAAGACACCUUUGGGCACUUGAAUCAGCACCCUCAGCCCAAUGCGCAGACGUCGUACAGGGUUGCGGUCAGCCACGACAAGAACGAGCAGUGCAGGCGGACGAACGAAGACGCACACGCGUUCGUGUAUGACUUUGCCGGGUUGAGGGGUCAGGGAUACUUUGCGGUCUUUGACGGCCAUGCAGGCAAGAAGGCGGCAGAGUACUGCGGUCUGCACUUCCACGAGCACCUCCUCGACAACCUGCGCAAGUCGCCCUCUACUCCGAUCCCCCACCUCUUGAACGCGACCUUCCACGCCGUCGACACCCAACUCUCCGCCCUCUCAGCCGCAGAAGGGUCGCACUCAGGCUGCACAGCCGUCACUUGUCUCCUCCGGCUCGAGGACGAGGAGGGGAACCCGGUUGGAGAGGGGUCGGGAGUCGCGCCGCAUGUGGUGGGCGGGACGAAGGGCAAGUUGGAGGGACAUGCGGGUGAGGCGGCGAAGGCGGCGGAGGCGGUGGGGAUUGAUCCCACGGAGGGCAAGCCUGGGUCGGGCGAGGGACAGCACCCGAAUGGCUCAGGCGGCGAGUCGACCGGCCUGAAGGGCAAGUUGAAGAGCGUUCUCAGCGGCGGUUCGAAGCUCUCGCCUUUCUCGAGCGGCACGACAACCCCGACGUACGAGGGCGAGAAGCAGAUCAGCGGGCCGGCGGAGGUCGUCAACGCGGCGAAGCGGACGCUGUACACGGCGAAUGUGGGAGACGCGAGGGCGGUUCUUUCCCGCGGCGGUCGCGCCAUUCGACUCACCUACGACCACAAAGCGGCCGACUCGAAAGAAGCCGAGCGAAUCGAGGCCGCCGGAGGCUACGUGAUGAACUCGCGCGUGAACGGCUACCUCGCCGUCACACGCUCGCUCGGAGACUCGCAGAUGAAGCAGUUUGUCGUCGGCUCGCCGUACACGACCGAGACGACGUUGCGCGAUGAGGACGACUUUUUGAUCGUCGCUUGCGAUGGGCUCUGGGACGUCUGCUCGGACCAGCAGGCCGUCGACCUCAUUCAGGGCUGCAAGGACCCGCAGGAGGCGAGCGACAAGCUCCUCCAGUACGCUCUUACGCACCGCACGACCGACAACUUGACCGUUAUGGUUGUUCUCCUCAAAUGA